ACAUGUCAAACUACAUCCGGGGAUCAACAUUCUGCACGUAUGCAUUCAGGAAGCCGAAUUAUUCUAUUAAUUGUGGAGCACAAAACCAUGCCUUAACUUCAGCAUAUCUUCGGUGAAUUCGGUGUCUCACUGGCAUAUGGAAACACUACACCAAAACACGCCCGACAGUCACACUGAACGACACCCUGGCAGUCACCACUGGUGACCUACUUUUGUUACACCUGCAUUAUUGCAUUACCUUCGGAUACAAAAGUCAUACUUGGGGAUUUUACAUACUCCAUGAAAUAGUAUACACAGUAAAUUGUUCAAGAAGCAUUACAACAAUAUAGUAUAUGAAGUUCACUGUGCAUAUAUUUCUACGAUUCGAAAUAUACUUGCGUCAAGAUUGCUUUAAAUGACGCGAUGAUAUCACAUGGACUGAAAGGCAUGAGACGUGUUACGUGACAUACCUCCACUGGGUUGUUCCCUAUUACGCCUGAUGAGGCUGUACUGUACACUGAUACAGGUGAACCAGGAAGAAAGACACAACUGACAUACAUUUGAGGGCUGACUGAGGGAAGGAAAAUUUGUUUUCGUUUCACGAGGCUGCGGGAUCAGCCAAAUACACUACUUCUUUCAUGUUCACACGAGCAAGUCAUAUCACUAUCACAAGCUUUCCGGGGCAAUGUACAUUGUACAGCUGAACACUACUUCCUGGUUGUCCUCCGUCGUUAGUGGCAAGAGACAUUGGCGUUGUUGAGGAUUAUUAUCACAGGUUUAUAGUGAGACGGCUGUUUUAUGUGACCGGUUCUUCCUCAGUCCAGGGUAAAGUAUGCAUUGUGUUCCUCCUCGUACCUGUAAUAAUUACGUGUAUUCGACAUUAACCGAGGUUUACAUUGUAAGAUAACGUAAACACCAAAGCGUGUUUUGUAAGAUAACGUAAACACCAAAGCGUGUUAUUCCUUAGGCGAAUGUCACAGACUAACAACUCCGCACACAUACACGUAGCGAAUCCUUGCACCAGCCAGCAUUAGAACGAUGAGUGAAGUCUGAUGACUAACAAGCACUAGCUGCAAUAGUGAUCUUAGUCACCUGUGUUGAUGAGUUGAUGGUUAAAAUAUAUCAGGCAAAACUGCGUAAUCGCAAUGAUUUUUCGAUGGUUAGUUACCAAAGACUAUAUUCACUGAUUCUGCUCGAUAGAGAUUCAUAAAGUCAUAUAGGCGGUCCUACUAACAACGGAGACAAAGUGAUGACUCUUUCUAUCCUCAACUGUCUAUCAUUUCAGACAAAUUCAGACCUUAGAGACCUUAGAAUUAGACACCUUCAGCGCCAGAUAUGUCUGUUUGAUGAAGGUUGAGACCGAAGAUUUGAUGACAUGACCAGUGCCAGUCAACACAACACCAUUGCUCAAUGUCAAGAACAGAAAAGAACUUUUACUUAUGACCUAAUCAUCACCACAAAUUUCUGGAAAGCCUUGAAUGUUGGUUCAGAUAUUGGUCCCUGUGUGCCUAUAUUACGGGUCGUCUGGAGAGUCGAGGGCGGAGAUCAGAAUCACACUCGCUCCACAAAAUGGAAAGUACACACAUCAUGUAUGAACUGUGAAGUAGCAAGACAACUAGGAGAAGCAGCCUUUACCCGUGUGCAUCGUUUUGUUAAUGAAGCUAAAGAUGAAUAUGAUGCCGAGCUACUCUACAUUCUCAGUGAUUACACGUUUGUAUUCGGACAUAAACAACUUGAGUCUGAGAAAAAGAUGGUCACAGAUAAAAGAACUGUUGUACAAAAAUUCAAAAUACUUCUUCAUGGAGGAAGUACAAUGCUACCGCAGUUUACUGUUGAUGUCCUAUUAGACGAAAAUGGUGAAACUAAACGACAAGUUGAUAGUGAGAUCAAGCAAGAAACACCAGGAAGUCAUCGGCAACUCCAAGAAUUUGAAAGACGAAUGGAUCAAAACAUAUUCUGCCACUUCAGAAAUCUUGAAAAUGUUGUGAACAAUGCAAUCUUGAAGGAUUGUGCCCACAUUAAGAAUGUAGUACAGAAAAUAGCUUUGGACAUUAACGGGGAACAACAUGUUUCACUAUACACUCUCUCAGAUCAAGAAGGAAAUACCAGUAAAACUAAAGACCAAAAGUUACAUGUACAAGCAGAGCAGCCAAAUGGUCAAACAUGUGGGUACGGGUGUACCUUGGAUCAGCGUAGUGCAUGUGAAGGAGCAGGUGUUGAACAACAACAGGAGCAGGACGCAUCCCUUGUCAAUGCGGCGGUUGACAAGUGCUUUGAGCAAAGCCAAUCACCAAGUGAAAUCAUCAGCAAGAAUUAUUUAAAGGCCCAGGAAGUUCUCAGAGCUCUAAACAUCAAUCCGGAUGGAUGGACACGGUUAACGGCCUCCACAGCGCUAGCUUUAGAACCUGCAAAGCCAUCGCCACCGCGAACGGACUCCGUAUCAACUGUCUUGUGCCUUGAUGUCUCUGAAAGUAUAGGAGCCCAGGGUCUGGAGCAACUCAAGAAGAUCGCCUACAACUUCAUCGAUGGUAUAGAGACAAUGGCUGAACGGUUUGGACUGGAGGAGAACCUUGGAGUGGUGAAAGUUGGUGGAGACGCGUCUGUGGUUCAAGAUCUUACCAACGACUAUGGUGCUGUCCGGGAUGCAAUAGAUAACCUGGUACUCGGCGGUUUCAGCCCACUGUUUGAAGGUCUCGUGGUAUCCGCGGCAUCGAUCGAAGGGAGAGGUUGUAUUCUACACCCUUUCGGGAUUCACACGUUAAAGCCCAGAAUCAUCUUCAUGACAGAUGGUUAUUCUACAGAAGAGGAUCAACGAGAAGGGCAGGAUUCUGUUGUGCCCGAUUACUCUCUCAGGGUUCAGCUUCUUCGUCUGACUAAAAACAUGGCAGAACACAAGAGCGUUGUACACCCAGUAACAUGGGUACCUGUAGGGAGAGCCGAUAAGCAAUACAUGUGCUCCUUGGCGAAACUUGGAAAGCAAGAGCUCGUAGAAGGGAAGGGCAUCAGCAGUGUGUGCAGUUACAACAGGUUACAGAUGACCAUUGCUCAAAUACUGACCUGUUUGGCAAGCUAUGACGAAGACAACUCAUCUCAGUACAACGAAACAGUCACUGAAGCACUUACAGCUGACAUGAGUAAAGAGGAGAAGGAAUUCGUUAUUCAAGCUGUGCAAGACAAGCUGGAAGGGCGGGGACUUCUUCCUGAUGAUGGUCCGAGUGAUUUUGACAACGUGUUAGAACGCGAUGGGUUACCUCCCCUUGGGUCCAGAGUACGACGAGGACCUGACUGGAAUAGACAGGACGAAGAUGUCGAGGGACCCGGGACUAUUAUUAAUCAUGCGAAUGAUCCCCAGCUACUGUGGGUGGAAUGGGACUUGAAUGGCGACCGAGUCUAUCAGUAUAGAUAUGGAUAUGAUGAAAUGUAUGAAGUUCUCUUGAUUGACAAGGCAAGGCAACUUUCAGCUGCAGAACUCAUAGAGAUAGGUGUUAAAGUCAAAAGAGGAGUCGACUGGUCAUAUGGAAAUGAGGAUGGUGGACCAGGCGCAUUUGGAAUUGUCAUACGAGCGCGCGGGGAUGGGAAAGUAAAGGUGAGAUGGGAUAAUGGUCACAUCAGUUCGUACAACUUUGGAUGCGAUGGCAGAUUUGACUUAGAAAUCCGUUUGGAGGACGGAGGUGGUCCAGCAGGAGCCUUAGCAUCCCCGGAAUCACCAGCAACAACUGUUCCUGACAAUAGUAAUGAUAACAAAGAAACAAAGCUGGCUAUGGUGACAAAAGCGAAACCACACAUUAUCUGGCAGUGGAAGGAUGAUAACAGUGACUGGAGGUUAUACACAAAGAUGCAGGUAGAAAAACUGGAAAAAGAAUACCAGAGACAGAGAGCCAGAUCCUGUGUUGUAGAGAAAGGUGGUCAGAGUUUCCGUGUUCUGUUCAAUCCCCCAAUGUCUGAAAAGCCUACAAGUAGGGGGCGUAAACGUGACGUUCAAAGAAUCGCGAUGAGUUCCGCGGAGCUUGAACAACAGAUUGGUCUUACAUCAACACUCGAAUGUGGGAGAUGGACGUGGAUGUAACUGGAACGCAUUCAGCAUAUGUGUGCAGCUGUAGCGCCCUACCACAUAAUCGAUGAUCAGAGAUAAUUACAUUAUUGUAACGGUCCCUUGGUGAAUUGAGGAGACAUUUGAAAACAAAACUUUUUCAUGGGGCUAUCACAUUAUAAUUGUUUAUUCCAGUCCUCUGCUUUUUCAACACAUUUACGUAACAGCACCACUGGGCAGCAUUGGUUGAAUAUUAGGCGCUUUAAACAUCUAUUAUUAUUAUUAUUAUAAUUAUUAUUUGCAGAUUAAAAUAAAAAAGGCAGCAAAGAGGGUUUGGGUGAUCCUGGCACAGUCAGACUGGUUAGACUCGUCAUCAGCUCAGGGCCCUUGC